AUGGAUACUGAGGCACUCCAGCUCAAAACUAUCGAGCUCCGCAGUAGGCCAUUUGGCAAGCGCGCAAUCGCUUGGUCUGCUGAUGCUGAACUCGCUGUUGCGGCCGACGACUCGGUCUUGGUGUUUAUGCCCCAGUUCCCACGGUUCCAUGUUGACUUUGCCGAACAGAGGCGCAAGCAGGCUGCCGCGGCCGGCUCCUCGUGGCUGGAGGGAAUCGACAAGAUCCAGCCGCUGAAACCCCAGUACGCUGAUGGUCAACGCAGGAUACCCAUAUCGCUGCCGAGGGUAAGCCCGCGGGUAAAUUUUCACCUGUUUGCCACGUCAGGUGUCGACAGCCCCUAUGACGGCUGGGUCGAUCAUGGUACGGAGGAUAGCUCUGGCGCAGGUAAUGGGGACGGUAGUGGAAGUGAGGAUGAUUUUGAAGACGACGCGUUGCCCGACGACGAGAUACCCAAGAACGCCUGGAGGAAAAUGCCAAAUUUAAGGAACCGAAACAAUCCUUUCAAUGUCACGGGCGCGGGAUCGGGCUUGUUCACGAGCGUCGGCUCGUCCCUUAACCAAGUUCUCUCCCUUGCUUGGUCUCCCCCAAUAGGUCGCAACGAUCGCUGCCUUCUAGCAGUCCACAGCGCUGCGGGCUACAUAGCCGUCUAUGGCGAGCCCUUGGUAGCUGCGGAAGACGAGCAGCGUGGCCACCAUCUUGGUAGCAUGUACAGCACCGAGGGCUGGGAGGUCCUAUGGGGCGUUGGCGAGCGCCUAUCGGUUCCAAAGCAAGCAACCUGGGGAGAGUGUUAUCGGUCAUUCACCUGGAGCCAAGAGAUAUGGCCUGGAAAAGCCUUGAUGGCAGUCAUGACGGAUGAUUUGGAGAUUGCAAUACUGGCGGUACACGCGCGUGUAUCUAUGGAUCAGGAAGAUGGAGUUGUGGGAGCCGGUUGGCAGAUCGAGGAGGUGGCAAGGUUUGAUGCCAAGGGCCCCCAUCCUCCGGGCCAUGUUCACGACCUAGAUUACGUCCCUGACAAGUCAACCGUGGGCCUGAGCUUUGGCCCCAUCUCUAGCAGUGGUGAAGAUGCAAAGGAACUUUUGCUGGGAUAUAUCUCACGAGGUUACGUUGGCUUCCGCAAGGUCACAGUCAGGCAGCAAUGGUUCAGAGAAGUCGAUGGGCCGUUUGUCGACGUUUCCGAGACUGAUUCAGAUGGGAGAUGCAUGUUCCUAGCCCCCGAUGCUUUUUUGUCAUUUGAGGAUAAGGUGUGGACAGUUCAAGGUCAAAGGAUCUGCCGAGGCGUUAUCGCCACUCCGAUGGUGCCAAAGCUCUUCGAAGUCAACAUGUCGAUCGAAACGUCACGAAUCCAACCACAUGCCCUGACGCAAUGCGGUUGUCUGUAUCCUGGACCCGAAGAAAUAUCAAAAAGCCCAAUACAAGACCUUGUUGUGCACCCAUCUCUCCAGACGAGCAGUAUAGACCAACCACCUGUCUACACCCUAAUUCGUCUCUCGGCAACGCAAGCUUCAAGGGGCUGGUACGAGACGACAGUUCCGCCAACGCCUAGCACGGCUGGUCCCAACCCAAAGUGGGCCGGGGCCAUAUCCCGUAUCCUUGACAUAUCCAUGCCCAAACACAUGUUGGGCAAGACCGGAGCCGAAGGCUUAGGCAUCGGUGACGGCGAUGAUGAUGAAGAUGAAGAUAAGAACGACGAAAACGACAACGACAUGGACGAUGACGAUGAAGACGAGGACGCAGAGGGCGAGGAGGACGUCGACGUGAUGCAGAACCAUCUCAAGCAGAUGGACGCUCCAGCUUCAUCAGCGGAUGAUGACAGCAUUCCCAUCUGGCGCGGCCGUCUAUACGGCAUCGCCCUGUCUCCCGGCGGCGGUUGUAGCGCUGUCGUCUGGGCCAAGAUGGCGGCUGCGGUCGUGGAGCGUGGAGCUUGGCACCAGGCACGCAGCACGCUGUCCUUUCACUGUCAUGCUACGCCUUGGGCCGAGGAAGAGGACAAGGUCGAGGUCAACAGUGGCCCACACAUCGCAAGGCUGUCGACAGAGGCCAAGAUGUUCGAGUGGAUGUAUGGACGUGGACCAGACGUCGCCGGGGUAACCAGACCAAAGGAGGGUGAUGAGGGUAUUCCUGUAGUGAAAAAGGCUUGCGAGGGAAUCGUCAGUUCGUGUGCGUAUUGCCGGCAGCCGCUGGUACGCGAGGGGCUCUUCUUUGUGUGUCCCAAAAAACACAGCUUCGAGAUCUGCACUAUCAGCAGUUUGCCAAUCCUCAAACACGGCUCAUCCCGAGUUUGUGGCGUCUGUGGCAAGCGUAGCCUGAGGGCCGAGGCGAUAAGAAAUUUAUUGCCCGAUUACUACGAUGCCAGUCUGACUGAUGCGCUGCUGUCUGUGGUCAGAUGCGUCAUGUGUGGUGGGAAGUUUGUGGACUGA